AUUCUGGGUGGAUUUUUUGAUCCUCGGAAGUAAUCUCUCGUUAGUAAUUCUAGAUUUCCUUCCCCUGUGCUCGAGGACAGAGCCGAUUCAGAUAAUUUCUUACUUUUCAAUCCUGUAGUAAAUUAGGCAAAAAACAUAGAUAUUUAAAAAUAUGGGUGGUGAUGAAGGAAUCGGGGUCACUACGGGACAGCCAAAUUUGUACAAACAGGAUUUAUCAAAGCUUGAUGUCAGUAAACUGACAGCCCUCUCAAGGGAAGUCAUUAGCAGACAAGCGACGAUAAAUAUUGGAACGAUUGGUCAUGUGGCUCAUGGGAAAUCCACCAUUGUUAAAGCCAUUUCAGGGGUACAGACUGUACGUUUUAAGAAUGAAUUGGAGAGAAACAUCACUAUCAAGCUAGAGCCACAGCACGCAGCGCAGACCAGCAAUGAAAAUGGAAAAGACUCUGUCGAAGAUGAUGCAGAAAAAAGUCCGUUUGUUCGUAACGGUUUGACGACAGCAAGAUUUACUCUUAAAAGACGUCAUCUUCACGGCACUUCAGACGAAGAACCUCCCACUAAGAUAAUGAGGCUGGAUGAGGAUGACUUGAAUAGAAAUGUCAACGAAACAUCCAGGGGAAUUGUUACAGAUGUGUUGUCGGAAAAUGAUGACAAAAUAGAAAACCCAGUAUCUAACACAGACAUUCUAGCCGACAAUAGAAUUAAAUACAAUUUGAAAGAGGCAGUGAUAAUAUUAGAAGAUAUUGGUAACAAAAUCGAGCAAAUGAAAUCGGGAAUCAAACAGUCGAGGCGUAGAAAAAAUUAUCACGAGGUUGAAAAAAUCGUUAAGAAACGAUACAGGAAAGACACUGUAAUGUAUCUGGUGAAGUGGAAGGGUUGGGACGAUUGCUAUAACACCUGGGAGCCUUUAUCCCACCUCAAAUACUGCGCCGAAAUUUUAGCCGAAUAUGAAAAUUCUCUCAAAGUGGAAUUAGUUGAAACGUUUAAGGAAAAAAUAGGGUACCGACCAUCCAGGAGUGAUGUUGAAAAGGUGCUGGCAAGGCUUAUAGAGAAUGGAAGUAUAGAGAAAUACGUUCUGCCCAGCACGGACGAUAUGAAUAAAAGACUAGCAUUGGUCAUGAAAAAACCAAGUCAACCCCUUGUCCGGUUAUCAGAAAAGAUAAAGUAUGAUAUUGCGCUCUAUCAGUUUCAUAUUCAGAGAUCUACGCAACUUAAAUUACUCGAACAAUGGGAGAAUAAGAUAAGAUUGAUCACCAAAAACAAACCAGUUGUCAGGGUAGAAAAUGUUGUAGAUCUUGAGGGACCACCGACAGACUUCACUUAUGUCGACGAUUAUUUGUCGGGCAAGGGAGUCACUAUUCCCAAUGAUCCUCCAGUUGGUUGCGAAUGCUCAAUAUGCGAAGUGAAAUCAAAUUGCUGUGGGAAACAAUCGGGGGGGUCGUUCGCCUAUACGACCACAAAGAGGAUUCGAGUGCCUCUUGGGACUCCGAUCUACGAAUGCAACAAACGAUGCGCUUGCGAUCAUACUUGUCAGAACAGAGUAGUGCAACAUGGAUCGUCAAUAAAAUUCUGCAUAUUUAGAACAAGCACGGGUUGUGGGUGGGGAAUUAAAAGUUUACAGUUCAUAAGGAAAGGUACUUUUGUAACCGAGUAUGUCGGAGAAGUUAUAACAAACGACGAAGCUGAGAAGCGUGGAAAAGCUUACGAUGCAGCCGGCAGGACUUAUCUUUUCGACCUCGACUACAACGAGCUCGAACAGUGUCCAUAUACGGUAGACGCUGCAUCGUACGGCAAUAUUUCGCACUUUAUUAAUCACUCUUGCGAUCCAAAUCUGGCAGUUUACGCAGUUUGGAUCAACUGCUUGGACCCUAAUCUACCGAAACUUGCACUUUUUGCUACAAAAGACAUACAUAAAGGCGAGGAAAUCACUUUUGAUUACAUGUGUCAGUCCCUCAGAAACUCCAUGCCCGUCACACCACAGAAGGAUCAAGCACAAGCCACAAACAUGACGCUUUUAUCUUCGCCGCGACAACGGUUGGAGCUCCCGCAAGACCAUCCCUCACUAGAUAAUGCCUCCGUCACAUCUAGAGCACGAUGUAAAUGUGGCGCUAAAACUUGCCGACAGUAUUUAUUUUGAUUAUAUUUUUGGUCCAAGGGACUCACCCCGACAUGGUUCUGUUUUUUGUGACCGUGAUUUACGGAAUUCCGUUAGUCGACUUUACGGCUAAUUUAUCAACCAUAUAAUUUAUUUUCAACGCCAGUUUGAAUUUUUAAGUUUUAAAAGUUGGAUAAUGUAGUCUGCAAACAUUUAUUGGAGACUUGAGCCUUGAUGAAAAUUUUCUUCUAAUUUAAUCAAUCCUACCAGUAGAUAAAUAAGAAUUAAUUGUAUAUAUUUCUAUGGUAUUAUCAAAAAAUACUUGAAUUAUUCAGUACAUCAAUAUGUAACGUUCUGUUAAAGAACUCUAGGCAGAAGUUUCAAUUAUUGAUGCUAUCCAUAAAGUCUGUGUGAUCAUUUACAUCAUUGUGUGAUUAUUCAUCUUGAAUUUUAGCAAAACAGCGUAAUUGGUUUCUCGCUAAUGAAAUAGGAAAAAAAAAAUUCCCAACCAAAGACCGUAACAUUGUCAAUAUUAUCAAAAUUAUUGAUUGAAUGAAGAAGAAUAUGUGUAUCCGGGAUCACAGAGUCUUCCAUUCAAGUUGGUUUAUUCUACUACUUUGAAUUACUCUGUUUAAUCGAUUAAUUAUAUGUUGUAGUUAUACUCUGAUGAAUUAACACUAGAUUUUUUUUUCAUUUGUAUCAUAUAAUCAAUAAUGAAAGUACAAUUUGUUCCAUUUCAGAAUCACUAUUACAAAUUAUCACAAAUUUUGUAAAUAUUUCAUAGCCUACCAAGUAUAGUUGGUAUUUAAAUACUACAGAUCAGUACCCUAUUUUUUUACCAAUGUAAUUAGACCAACGAAAGUUGAGAGGUAGCAAAAAAUCUCAAUUAUGUAGACCUUGAUUUCACACAAACUUUUAUAACGUUGAAUUGGCGCACCUAAUUCUCCAGCUCUUCAACAAUAAAAUUUAUAACUAAUCAAUUGUUGCCCAAUAAAUUUAAAUUAGAUUUAAAAAUGGUAUUUGAAGCAUGUAAAAAACGUACCGUGUUGUUUUACCGAUUUAUUGCAAGUAUUCGUCGAUUUGAUUCAUAUUGAAGUAAUUGUCCUGUAUCUAAGGCGUCUGACUAUACAGACAGUUUAAAGUAAAUAACUUCUUCUUACUGACAGAAAAAGGCUCAGUUGAAAGAAAAUCCUUAAAAUAUUUUUAUUACCUUAUAAAUAUUUUCUCAUUGUUUGUAGAAGUUGAAAUAGAAUAAAUUAGCUGAAUAAAAAAUUA